UGUUAUCACAGACACUGUUGCAUUGUUUUCGCCAAGCAAUUACGCACCAGAUAAGCCGUAAUGUAUUUCAAUGUAGUUCAGCUUAUUGUUUAGUGUUUAUUUAAUUACUUCUCGUUAGGGCUUUUCGUGUUGCAACUGUAUCAUUUUUAUUUGUGUCAUUACGUCCGGUUGAUGUCAUCUAAUUCCUAAGAACGUACCUACAUCGCUGAAUUAUUUGGUUUCGUGUUGUUGCGUACAAAAUUUCGGUUUAUGAACGUGCUAGUUUCGCGAUGCAUUUAAAAAACUAUGGAAUGCUCCUCUAAUAAAGUUGACACGAUGGUUGCGAGUUUACAAUCCAGGCGUAAGGCAUUAGAAACCAAAAUCGUCGAAAAGAAUCGUGAAUUAAAACGAUUAUGUAUACAAGAAGCAGAAUUGACGGGCAACUUACCGCCGGAAAUCCCAUUGGAUCCCGGCGAAACACCACCCACAUUCCGUCGACGUGUUGGAACAUCAUUUACAUAUCCUGAAAAUUUAAUAAAUAAGCUAAAAUUCAAAGAUGAUGAAACUUUGGCUUCACUUGAACUGGAGUAUAAAAUCCAAAAAGGAAUUGCUGAAGCUGCUUUAGGACUCGCUAAUGAUGAGACUGCCAAUAAAUCUGUGCGGCGUAAACAUAGGAUGAUGUAUCAACAAAGUCAAAGUAGAAUUAUUGAACUUGAAACAAGAAUAAAUUUAUGCAAUAAUCAAAAGGUUAAAAAAAAGCCUCGCCCUGAGAGCAGUUACACAACAGAUUUUGUGAACAACCAUAGUGUAACUGAUGGUAAUUUUGUUGUACCUAAAGAACCGAAUGUACCAUCUCUGAACCCAAAAGUUGUAUCUCACAAAAGUAAUUUAAGACAGUCUCAAUCAUACAACAAAUUCCCUGGUCAAAGAAAUUCUCAUGAUCCAAGAAUUGGAAAUGGGAUACAUAAUUCAUGGAAUACUCAAGAACAUAUUUCUAGUUCCAAUAUGCAACCAAUACUAUUACCAAGAUCAACAAUCAGUUUGGAUAAAGAACAUGUUACUUAUCCUAAAGAUAAUGGUAUGAUUUUUAAUAAUAACUCAAAUUCUACAAAUUUGCCAUCAAGUCAUGAAUUGUCAAGUAAAAUUAUUGACCAAGAUUUCACAUCUAAGUAUAGAGACAGGUUUGGAAGUUUAGAUAGGCGACACACUAGAAGUUCUAGUUCUCGAAGUAAUAGUAGUGUUGAUCAUGAACCUUCAGUUGUACCUGUUAUGCCACGACAUACAAAUCUACAACAUCCCACAACUACUAUUUUAUUACCAAAUCAAAUGUACCCAGAAAAUAGUUUAAUGAGAACUCAUUCUCUGGGUAAUAUUAAAAAUGAAAAUCAGCAACAAACAGAAAAAGUAUUUACAGAAUUAAAUCAGAUAUCAUUGUCUGAAAGUAGAAAAAAUUCUGAGAAAAAAUGGAUUGAAACAUCACUAGAUAGUAGUAGUGUUGAGUCUGGGCCAACACUUACUCAUGAUUUACCACCACCACCACCACCACCUCCUAUCAAAAUGCAUACACCACCAAUACAACCUGAAAAUCACCCGCUUCCGUACGAUCCACUAGUCAAUCAUUUUGACACUGUUCCAUUUGAAUCACCAAAAAAUCAUACGGUUGUUCAGGUUGGAAAGUGGCAACCGUAUCGUGAAGUAACUAAGCCGUUUGAAAUGUCUGAUUUUUAUAAAUACAGUACACGGUUUAGAAAACCAUCUGCAAAUUCUAAUAGUGCGUCCCCAGAAGUAGUUCAAACUACAGCUAACUCUUCACCAACACCAUCCUUGCCACCGCCAAUACCACCAUUACAAAAUAAAGGAAUUUAUCAGCCUUUAAAACCUCACAAUUGUCAUCCAUUGGCUCCUCAAAAUGUUUCAUUGAUGGAAGAAACAGUUUGUCCUAUCGAUUCAUUUGAACCCAAUAAUGAAUUAUGUUUAGAUGAAAGUGUAUUUGCUAAUGAAAUGUUAUCUUGGUAUCAAGAUGAAGCUACACCUCAAUCUAGGACUGCCACGCUGGUGUAAUUUUAAAUAAUACAUAACUAAAACCUAUUAUGGUAUAUUUUUGUAUUGUGAAUUUAUGAUAGACAGCUAGAAUACGACCAAUAUAAUAUUAUAUAUUAUUAUUAUUUUUAUUAUUAUUAUUAUUAUUAUUAUUAUAUUCUUAUUUUUUUUAGAUUAUUUUAGUACAACAUGAUUUUUCUAUGUGAACAUAAUUUAUUAUAAAUGAUGACAAAAUUAUAAAAUUUUAAUACGAGAAUCUAUUUACAAUGUUUAAAUAGUUCUAGUUUUAACAUUUAAAAUAUGACCAUCAUCUAUUAUAUUAUUGAUUAAUUUGUUUUUUAUUUAAGUAUCAUUGAAUUAAAAAAAAAAAAAUUCGGAUUUCUUUAAUAUUGGUGUUUUUCUGUGUAAAGAUAUCUUAAAUAAAGAUAUAAUAUAAAUAUGAAAAUAAACUUAUGACAGUAAUAACUAAUAAUGACUACAAUGUUUUUUUUAAAAUUUAUUAUUGUUUACAAUUUUAUUAAAAUACUUACAUUUAAUUCAUUAAGACAUCACAUUUUUAAAUAUUUUUAAUAUUUCUAUUUUAUACAUUUGAUUAUUAUAGUAAUUUUUUUUUACCUGUUUAAAAUACCAAAAUGAUCAUUUUUAACUUUUUUUUUUUAAAUAAUAACUAUAACAAAAUGCACUAGAUAUAUAAAUAUGUCGUUUAGUAUUUAAAUACACUAUGAUUGCAAAUAUGAUUUAUUAAUACCACAAAUAUGCAAGAAUAUUUUGUGUAAGAUAAGACUGAAUGUAUUGUGCAAUUAGUCUAAAGAUUUUAAGAUUAUGUAUUUUUUUUUUUUUUUUAUUCAUACAAAUUUUUAAUUUUAUUAAAUUAUUAAUAUCGAGUAAUAAUAAUGUAUACAAGAAAAUAUCAUCUAUUUUAUUAUUAUUAUUGUAUCUUAUAUUUUAUUUUUAUAACUACAAAAUAUAUAUUUUUAAGAGCUUAUAGAAUAAUAAUUGUAUUUUAUUUUUAGCUUGUAAUUGUAAUAAAAAUAUUAGUAUACAAAUCAAUAAGCUCAAUGUCUAUUUUCAAUAGAAAUAUAUUGAAAUAUUUUAUAAAACACUAAAAUAUAAUUUGCUAUGUAUGAACAUAGGAAUUAAACAUAAAUUCUUGUUUAUAUUUUAAUUUUAAUAGCUAUCAUUAAUAUUUGUCUCAUUUUAUCAUACAUCACAUACAUUUUAUGAAAAAUAUUCUUUCAAUAAUAAAGCACAUCAGUAAAAUGUUUGACAUUGCA